CGCGGGGCUCGCGGACGGGGCUCGGGGGGCUGAGCCUCCCGGGCCCCCCCUGGCUCCGCCAUGUUCCGCCGGGCACGCCUGAGCGUGAAGCCCAAUGUCAGGCCUAGUGUGGGCGCCCGGGGCUCCGCCGCCUCCAGCGCGCCGCGGGCACCCGAGACUCCCAAGCCCCCCGAGCCCGCCGCGCCCUCCGCCCCGAAGCCCCCUGAGCCCGAAGAGGUGGCGCCGGGGGAUGUCGGGGGAACCGAGCCCCAGGAAAAAGCGCCCAGUCGCAGUUUCAACAGUGAUGAGAAGACUGAUGGUGAGAAUGAUGUUGAAGAAUCCAGUAAAUCUUCCUCUAUUGUUUCACAGAGAAGAAAACGAGUAUCAAGUAUUUCUAGUCCAGUUAAGCCUAAUGUCAGUGUUCCUUCAGAACCUCAGCCCUUGUCUGCAGUUAAUCCUGAAGCUCCAGCGCCAAAUCCUGUUCCUACAACAGAGAAACAACCAUGCUCAGAUAGAUACCGGAUAUAUAAAGCCCAGAAACUGAGAGAAAUGUUAAAAGAAGAACUGAGAAAAGAGAAAAAACAGUGGAAAAACAAGUAUGCCAUAAGUGAAAGUCAGGGGCCUCCAGAUCGUUCAAAAAUGACCAUGAGAGACUUCAUAUAUUAUCUGCCAGAUAACAAUCCAAUGGCUUCUUCACUGGAGCAAGAAAAGAGAACUGAAAAGUCGGUGACAACAGUUCAGACAAGAGAGCAAGAAAAUAAAAGUCCUCCUGAUACUGAAGAUAAUGAUGACAUAGAAGAAGAGACAGAUGAUGGACCACUGCUUGUUCCUCGAGUAAAAGUGGCAGAAGAUGGUACAAUUAUUUUGGAUGAAGAAAGUUUAACUGUAGAAGUUUUACGGACCAAAGGACCCUGUGUUGUUGAAGAAAAUGAUCCCAUAUUUGAGCGCGGUUCUACAACUACGUAUUCCAGCUUUAGGAAAAACUAUUACUCUAAACCGUGGUCAAAUAAAGAAACAGAUAUGUUCUUUUUAGCCAUCAGCAUGGUAGGAACUGACUUUUCUAUGAUUGGACAGCUUUUUCCUCACAGAGCAAGGAUAGAAAUUAAGAAUAAAUUUAAGCGUGAAGAGAAAACCAAUGGAUGGAGGAUUGACAAAGCAUUUCAGGAAAAGCGUCCUUUUGACUUCGAUUUUUUUGCUCAUUUGCUUCAGAAAGUUCUUGCUGAAGAAGAGAAAAGAAAACAAAAAGCAGUAAAAAGUCAACAUUUAAAGGAGAAGAAAUCCUCUAAAACACAGAAAAAUGUAAAAGUGAAGAAAGUUGCCGUUGAAGGGAUAAGCGAUGAACUUGAUGAAUCUGUAGGCACUAAAGUUUCAGACACAGAAGGAUCUCAAAAAGAUGCUCAGAUAGUUGAAGAACAGUCUUCAGCUUCAUCAGAGCAGGAUUCAGGACAGGUUACAUCAGAAUCAGACCUAAGUCAAGACAAAAAGAGGAAGAAGAAUCAAAAUGAAAUUGGCAAACAGGCUGCCACAAAUCUUUCAGAAAAUGCCACUGUUCAGCCAGAGCCCUCUGAAGGAGAGAAACACAAUGAUAAUUGCCAGUCUUUAAGGCCUGAGAUAAACGAAGAUGAAGGCAAUAAGGAACAGAUGUCUUUCUGCAUUCAGAACUCAGAUGAUGUCAGUUUCUCUAGUGAAAAAGUUGAGCAAAGAACUGAUUCUAUUCUUUUAUCAAGUUGUCAGCAAGAUUCCACACCAGUUGGAGGUGAGACCUUGGAAGCAAGGGUUUCAGAUACCCUGUCUUCAGAAGUUGCAGUUGGAGCUUUGUGUGAUGUUAAUAUUGUAGAGGGUGGUUCUACAGAAGAAAGAACUGUUGCUGUAGAAAGUAAAACUCUGGAAGCUGAUCAAGUAGAAAAUGUUAUACCCAAGGUAAGAGGACGACUCCAGAGACCUAAACCCAAUUUAUCAAGGGCAGUUGGGAAGAAACCUGUUUUUACACAAGGUAAAACAGUUGCAGAGAGCAAGAGUUUACAUCUAGAAACUUCAGUUGAAAAGACUAACGUGGAAAAGGAUGAACUGAAUACAGCUGACAUUUCUCAAAUGGGGAAUACAGAGGAAGAGAACCCAGAUGCUAAUAUUAUAUCUAAUUCGAGUGAAACAAUAUGUCCCGACAGGAAGAUGAUCAGCCAAAGGUUAACAGACCUGCACGAAAAUACUCCUGAACAAGUAGAAGACCAGCUGUAUGAAAAUGUUGAAAGUGAUGAUAUAUUACAACCUGAGAAAAACAAUAUUUCUCAGAACAUACAAUUUGAUGAGCCUAAGGCUUCUAAAGAAUGUCUACGAAUUCAAGAUGAUGGUACAUCAAAUACAUCCAAACAUGUUCCAAUUCUAAAGACUCGAUUUAAGAAACUGAAGCCAAAUAUAGGAAGAGGAAGUAGAAAAAAGGAGACGUUUUCUAAGGAGGAGGUACCAGAGGAGAUUCUUUCCUCUCAGAAAAUGACAGCAGCUUUGACAGAAAUUGCUAGAUUGGAAAUCUCACCAGGAGAGGAGGUACCAGUGGAAGUUGAUACUGCUCAAGAAAUGAAUUCUCACUUAAAAGAAUCUGGAAGAAGAGCUACUAUAUCCCCCGAAGAGGAAAUUUUAGAAACAAUUGAUACUACUGAAGAAAUGGAGACAGAUUUGAAAGAAACUGGAAUGGAGAUUUCACAAAACCAGAAAUACCAGAGAUGUCUGAAGUCAUCGAGGGAAAAGGACUCAGGUUUCAAAGAAACUGAAGCAGAAAUAUCACCAAAGAAGAUAUUAUCAGAGGUGAUUGAUGUCAUCGAAGAAAAAGAGUUAGAUAUGAAAGAAACUGGAGACGAGAUUACACCAUGUCAGAGCACAGCAGAAAUGAUAGAAAUCACUGAGAAAGGAGACUCUUUCAAAGAUAUUGGAGAAGAAGAUCACAUCAUGUGGUUGGGAAGAGAGGCAGACUUGAAAGAAGUUGAAGAAAUUACACCAUGUCAAGGGAUUGAGAUCACUGAGAAAAAAGAUUCAGAUUUGAAAGAAACUGGACAAGAGAUUAUACCAUCUCAGAAUAUAGUAGAGAUGAUAGAAAUCACUGAGAAAGGAGAGACAGACUUGAAAGAAAUUGAAGAUUUUACGCCAUAUCAGAGGAUAACAGAGAUGAUAGAAAUAAUUGAGGGAAAAGAGUCAGAUUUGAAAGAAAGUGGAGAAGAGAUACCAUCUCAGAAUAUAGUAGAGAUGAUUGAAAUUACUGAGGAAAGAGAGACAGAUUUGAAAGAAACAGAAGAGAUUGCACCAAGUCAGCGGAUAAUAGGACAUGAUCGAAAUGACUGAGGGAAAGAGUCAGAUUUGAAAGAAACUAGAAGAGAUUAUACCAUGUUCAAGAGGAUAGCAGAGAUAAUAGAAAUUACUGAGAAGAGAGAGACAGAUUUGAAAGAAAUUGAAGAGAUUAUACCAUGUCAGAAGAUAGCAGAAGAAAUUAAAAUCACCAAGGAAAGAGAGACAGAUAUGAAAGAAACUGAAGAAACUGGAGGAAGAGAAAUACCUCAAAAGGAAAGUGUCCAAAAUGAGGUUAACACAUUUGAGGGGAAAGGGAGAAUUUUUAUGAAAGAAAUUGGAAAAGGAGAUGUGUCCCUUCUUGAGAAAAUACCAGGAAAGAUGAUGCUAUUGAGGAAAGUAAGGCAGAUUUGAAAGGAACCUCAAGGGGACAUUUCCUUGAUGAAAAGCAAAUCAGAGGGAAUUGGUACUGCUAAGGAAAUGGUGGCGAUUCGAAAACAAUCACCAGUAGAUACUUCUGUAAGGAAAAACAAAACUGAGAAGACUGGUACUUUAAGACAGACUGAGACAAAUCUAACACAGGACAGUGGUGGUGACUGCAGUGCUGCUCCUUCUCUGAAUGUCAGUAACAUUAGUAGUGAAUUUCUACCUAUGGCACAAACUUCUAUAGAAGAAAAGACAAGUUUUGAAAUGGAAAUAUCAAGUUCAGUGCUUUCUUUGCAAAUUUCGGACCAUGGUAAAACAGAAGAUCAAAGGAUGCAAUCUACAGAUAUUCAAGAGCAGUUUUCAGAUAUUAAUUUAAGAUCGCUUCCUCAAGAACAGAAGCCAGAGGAAGUUAAACCAGCUCCUUUUGUGAGAAGCCGAUUUAAAAGACCAAAACCAAACUUAGCAAGAGCAGCUUUGAGAAGAGAGACCAUGGAAGCAAAAAAAACCGUUUCUGGGAAGAACGUGGGAACGUCUGAAACGGAAAGUGUAGUAACGCAGCAGAAUGCCAGCCAUGUGAGCAUUAUCCCUUUUCAGCAUGAUGCGGCUUCUCUAAUGAUAUCACAAGAAGAAGAUGACAAGUCCUGUCGUAGGGGGGAGGGGUCUGGGCCACUGCCUUGUAUACAAACUGAGCAGGACUUUUCACUACCAAGUUCUGGUGAUCCUAAAGAGGAGGCUCAGUCUACUCAGGAAGAGGAUGUUGCUGUUUCUAUGGGAACUCAGAAUAUAAACUCUUUGCAACAAGAGAUGAAGGAAAGUACUACCCAAGGUGCUAUACCAAUAAGGGGACGGCUUCAGAGACCUAGACCAAACAUAAAAAGGGCUGGAUGGAGGCAGGUAGCAACAGGAAUUGAAGACAGAGGUGGGAUAAUUGAGGAGGAGAGAACAGUACCACAAAAAGAAGAAGCUGAAAAGAAAUCCCUCAAUGUUGCAAAUUCUCAGCUUGGAAUUGAAAUUGAAGUUGUGUCUUCCAAAAUUUCAGAAUGUAGAAUGAAUGAUAUUUUAGAUGAACAAAAAAGUCCGGAGUAUAAAGCACAUGUUCCUAGUCCAGCACCAUUGAUAAGAAGGCAGUUCCAAAAGGUUAAGCCAAAUCUGGGACGAGCACAUGGCAAGAAAGAGGACCAUGGCUUAGGAAAAAACAGGGCUGGUCAGAGCGUGGCAAAGAUGCCAGAAGAGAGUUUGCUGCAUCAAGGACAUUCUAACACUCAGCUGCCUGAAAAAGAAAAGACUUCUCAUGAGAUUUCAGCAAGGGAUUGUGCAGGUCCUACAGAGACUAGAUUGACCAAAAGAGGUGCUCAGCCAGAAGUUAGAUCAUCAACAAAUACUGGAGAAAGAACUGUAGGGAAUAAUUCUUUGUCUCUCAUUAUAAAAGAGCAGCAUCUCAAUAAACUACCCAGCUGCCCACAGCUGUUAAACGAACCAAAUUGUUCUAAAACUGCUUUGGAUAGAAGAACUGCGAGCUCUUCUACCUCUGAGCGAGAAAUAGAUCGCAGUGAAAGGAGAUUGCAUAGAAAGAUCAAAUCAAAUGCUCCUAGAGGGCGUGGAUCAAAACGAGUUCGGAGUAAGGCUCCUAAGAAGGAACCUAGACCAUCAAAGUCCAUGCUGGUGACUCUUCGAGCUUCCCAGGAAGAAGAUGAAGAUGAUGUUGAUGAUUUUGAGCUUGACUAUGAAGAAGAAAACUAUCAUCUUGCUCCAGAGGAAGUGAACAAAGCACCAGUGUUUGUACCCAUAGGUCUCAGAUCUCCUGAGCCUGUUACGUCUCAGAUUGAAGAAACAAUGGAAGAGCUUGAAAUAACCGUGAAUGUCCCUGAUGUUGGGUGCAUAGCAGUUGUUGAACAAGAGCCCCCGAACACAGAUGUGAGUCUUCAGGACGUGAAACCGCAAGAUAUCAGUGAGAAUAUGCUAACAGUUUGCUCAGAGGUUAUUCCUGACUGCACUGAGGAAUUAAUCCUGGCAGACUCGGGAGCUUAUACAGGGGGACUUAACCCUGUUCAACUUGAAUUCAAAGAAGUGACCACGAGUGAACAUACUCAAGAUGAAACAGGUUCUAAUGAUGGAAGCACGGAAGCUGCCAUAACUUUACUCACAAUGGGAGAUCUGUUGUUGCAGUCAGAAAUCAGCACAGAGCAGGGGGAAGUAGGAAUAUGUGUACUUCCUGAUGUUCAGUCAAGGGAUAAAAACCAUAUUCCUUUUAGCCCAGAUCAUGUAAAUCACAGCAUUAUGCACGAAUGCCAGGACCUUUCUUCACCUCUGACUAUGACAUCUCUCCCGUCAUUACAAGAAAAUGCCGCUGUAUUGGAAGGACAAAGUACUAUAGAAAAAGCAGAUUUAAUGGAAAAAACAAAGGAAGACACACUCUCAAACAGAAAUACAGCUUCUGAAGUGACCAAUACUUUGAGAAUGAGACGUAGAUUUGCCAAACCUAAGGUAAAUCUUAAGAAGAUUUUAGGGACCAAUAGGGUUGGUGCUCAUCGGGCAGUUUCCAAUUUGUCUGUAACCAAAGAAAAAGAAGAAAAAGACAGAAUUCAAAGAGAAACUGAGAAAAAUGCUUCUAAUGCAUCAGAAUUGGAAGAUAACCUUGGAGCAGUUACAAGUGCAGAAAGUCAGGAACAAAUCAGUUCAGCAUUUGUGCAUGGUGUGGAGGAGACCACUGUUUCACAGCAAGUGAGCCCCAGUGAAAGAAAUGAAGAGCAAGAAAAGGAGACAUCACAGAUAUUUUCAGUUGUACCAGCUGUUUCCAUGGAUUCUAGCACUUCCCACACACUCGGUUCUAGUGAGGAUCUUGGCGCGAGGGCCAUGGAAGUGCCACUGGACCAGAGCUCCAUGGGGAACAGUGUGCUCAUGCUUCAGGUGCCAGAGUGUAUAUCAACUAGUAUUCCAGAAACCCAAGAAGAGAAUGUAAUCAGUUCUCAAGAUCUAACAGUGAAUGUAGUUACUGCUGAUACACAUCAAGAUAAUGAAGAUACCUUCAUUUUAACUCUGGUGGAAAUCCCAACCAACGAAGUACAAGAAUUUGCUGACACAACUACACAGUUAAUGCCAAAUCCUUUACUGCCGGCACCCAUAUUGGUCAAGUCAGUGAAUGCAGAAGAAAGGGGUGACAUGAGUAUGAAUUUUCCACUAACUUUGAUCAGUGAGGAUGUCAUGUGUUCAUCUAACUCUGGAAGAGAAUCUGAAAAGCCUCCUGCUAGUUUGGAAAUGUCAAGAAAGAGAUUACACUGUAGCCUUGAUGAGAGUGACAGUGUUCCUCCUGCCAAGAGAAGUUCAUUUACUUCUAUAGAGAACUGUGAGACAUAUUCCUCUGAGGUAUGUUCAAAGGAAUUGGUGAAUGUUUUUGAAGAAACAGGGGUAUCACAUAUGGAGCACAACAACAACCCUACUUCAGGAAGCAUACCUACUACUUCAAAAUCUCAGAAAAGACAACUUGAAUCUUCCACUUUUCAGAGCAAAAUCUCUGGAUCUCUUGAUAAAAUAAGAGACAGACCUCUAGCAAAGACUACAUCUCAUUUACCUCAAGAUAAAAUGGAUAUUUCUGAUAAGGAAGAGAAAACUUGCUCUUCUAAGUCUGAGCAAAUGUAUAAUAGACCUUCAUCUUCAAAGACUUCACUCUCCAGGCCUGGCAGAAGACCCUUGGGAUUUUUGUCUUUAAUAUGUUCAAAGAGUAGUUUGGAGUCUGAUGAACCUGCCCAGUUUCAUAAAAAGAAGCGCCCAAAACCUCUUAUACCCAUGUCAAGACAGAAUUUGAAAAGAUCGAACCCACCCAGUGAAAGCCAGAAAACAAAUACAGAGUCCUCUGAUGUGCUUCCUUCUCCAAGUAGUGUUAAUACUCCAUCCACAAACCUUAGCAGUACAGGACCAGACUCGCAGGUUUCUUGUGAUCAUUCCAUGCUGGAAGAAAAAAGUAAAGGUGGCCCAAACCGGGCACCUGGGGAGGAAACCACAACAAUUUCUGAGUAUUUCUUUGGUGAUAUCUUUAUUGAAGUGGAUGAAAGAGAAUAAAACCUUUUACUUUUGAUUUUUUUUUUUAAAGUUUGACAUGAGUCAAGUCUUUCAUCAAAGCAGUAUUAGAGGAAAAGCACCAAAAGCUUUUUUACUUUUCUCUAGUUUGAUCUGGAAUAUUUCAUGAGAUUGGUUUCAAGCUUUUAUAAUCAGUGGAAAACAUUACUAAAGUUCUUAUUCUGAUAGAUCGAGCCUUUUGGAAGCACCAAGUAAUGAAGACUUGCUUUUUUUAAGACAGAAGUAGCAACUCUUGUUUACAUUUUCAUUCUUCCUUUGCUGAGCACACAAGGACAUAUUGGAAUGUCAUGGAUGAAAGUCUUUAUAAAUCAUAGUGCUAUCAUAUUUGGAGGUGGAUUAUGUUUAACUUUUAAUCAAAAGUUGUUGUGAGGGUUUUUAUUUUCUGUGUUUCUUCUCUUUCUGCCCUUUUUUGGAUGAUAAAGGCCUUUUUAAUUGUGCUUAAUAUGGUAAAUGUUAAAACAUUUUUCUAUUUUCAGCUAUUUGAAAAGCAAGUAUUUUUCUAACUCAUUUUGAUGUAAUAUUAGUUCUAAUUGAAAAAGCUAGUAUUUAAAGUUAUUUAUAAAGAUGAAUAUCAAAAGGCUUAUUUAUUUUUAUUUAAAAGGAUAUUCAUUUUUUAUUACUUUCAACCCUCAGAUGGUAAAGAAGGCAUUAACAAACAUGUUUGUCUCCUUUCACUCAUUAAAUUUUAGGAUAUUUAAAGUGAUAAUAUAAAAUGUUUAGAUAGUGUAUGUUUCCAACACAUUUUUUCCCCAUGGUAUAAUGACUUUGUACUGUGAAUCUUUCGUUUGUUAUUUUUUAAUCUCAGGAUUUGGAUGGGGAAAAAGAAACUUUUAACUCCAUUUAUAAAGCAACUACCCAUACUAAAUUUAAUCUCUUUUCACAUGCAUGCAUGUACAUGAGCGCAUAUAGGAGGUUAUUACUUGUUUUUGUUUUCUUUUUCUUUAAGGGAAAAAACCUAAUUUAUAUUGCUUUUUUUCCCCUGUUAUAUUUUGCUUAAGGAAUAUUUAGAUUAUUUAUUUUGUUUUUGCUUUUGGAGUCAUAUCCCAGAGGGAACUCAUAAGCCACUGCCAGCACAUUGCUCUGGGAUUGCCCUGGGAUUGCAGUGUUGGGGAUGUAACUCAGCUCCUAAAAUAUGAACCAUGUGCACUUGAGCCCUUUAAACUGUCUUCCCAGCCUCUUCAUUUAGAUUCUUUUAAACACAAACAUAAUGGUGAUGUAAAAAAACAAAGAACAAUAAUUGUUGUAGUUAUUAUUAUGACUGUACUAGUUACUAGUAUUAAUUUAGUUUUUUUAAUUUUGAAAGUUAUGAUUUACGGAUGUAACCUUACAGAUCCACCUCUAAUCUUUGGUGGUUCACAGUAAAUUUCUCAAAGAGUUGAUGUAUUCAUUUAUUUGAAAAGUCUCUUGGCUUUAUAAUGUUAACAAUAGACCCAGGAUUUAGAAAAGUUUUCCACAAGAUUUUUUUGAAUUUGUGGGCCAGAUGCUCUCCGUGGCAAGAUCUCCUCUCUGUUAUUUCAAUGUGAAAUAGCCACAGUACUUUUUUAAAUGAUGGAUGUGACUAUAUCGGGUCUUUAGUUCGACCAUCACAUUAAAUCAUAGUUUCCUUACAGUAAGGUUCUAAUAUUUUAUGAGGUAUAUAACACUGAAAUCUGGGGUUAAGAUAUACCUAAAAAUUAACUCUGCUGAGUGCAUUAUGAAAGAUUUGAUCAGUAUCUCAAUUGGGAAGUUUUAAAAUCUAGAUAAUUAGGGCCAGAGCGAUAGCACAGCUGGUAGGGUGUUUGCCUGCAUGUGGCCGACCCAAGUUUGAUCUCCAGCAUCCCAUAUUCCCAGAGCACCGCCAGGAAUGACUAUGAACACAGAGCCAGUCAGGAGUAACCCAUGAGCACUGCUGGGUGUGACCCAAUCCCCCCAUCUAGAUAAUUGUGUAUUUUAAAAAGAUAGAUGGGUCAUUCUCCAAAUUCAUUAAUAAAAUGGCAUAUGACUCAGCAAGUAUAGCAGUGAUCAUAAUUUAUUAAAAUAGUUUGUAGGAUAUUUAUUCCUUAUGGUAAAAUUUAGUUUAACUUUAAAGUCAUAAACGUGGACCUAUUAAACCUGUUCUCUAGGUAUGAAUUUAUUUCACGUUUUGUCAGAAAAAUCAUGGUAGUGGGUCACAUUGCUAUUUUAAUACUUUAUUUUUGAAAUAUAAAUAAAGAAUUCUAAAAAGAUUUCUUUCUCUUAAUACUAGUCUGGGUAUUAGAGUACCACAGUUGCACCAUUAUAUUUUUAUCAUCCCUGUGUGAUAUUGUUUUUCUUUGUUUACAUAUGUCUCAUUCAUCUAUAUGGAAUUGUAUGGAAUAUAUAAUUUUUUGUAUAAAGAGUAAUUUUAUUUGGGAAAUUAAUUGUAUUGAAAUAUCAUGUCAGCUUGACAAAUUAUCCUGUUAAAUCUUUAAAAUUAAUCUUGGAAAAAGAAACUUAGUGUAUUUACUUUGUAAAAGUGGUAAGACUCAUCUGAAGAACUCGUGUAAAUUUAUGUAAAAAAGAUGUUGCAAAAAUUUGUAUUUUCUAAAUCUUGAAGUUGAUAUUAUAGGUCUUUAUUUUUUCUUGACUUUUCCUUUUGAAUACUCUGUCUUAGUAAGUGAUCAACUUGAGGAUUUAAAAAGCCUAAUUGUUGGGAAAUGAUUGAGGCACAGAUAAAAAUAUGAACAUCCACUGUUUACCUAUGUUAUUUGAAAUAUAAGUGACCAUGUAUAUACUAUCUUGUUUGAAGAAGUCUUUGACAAAAUAAAAGCAGUAUCUGUCAUUUGUAUAUUUUCUUGUUCUAAAGAAAGCAGUUAUGUCCUAUAAAGAAUGUAAAUAAAAUUUAUUUUAUACUACCUCUCCUGUUAUUUUUAAAUGACUGAAUAAAGAUAUUAAUGUUUAGUUUACCAAGUA